AUGGGCAAUACUCCAGGUACUUCGAAAAGACGUUCCUCGAUUGAAGAAGAAUACACAGGAAGUGUUGGUGUGAUGAGCAAUCCGUAUUAUCCUCCAAAACGGAAGUUCAUUUUACAAGCUUCUCAAGCCGUCAACGACGAUGAUCCUGUUGUAAGCAUUCUGACAGAAGGUCACACGAUUGAAGCAAUCGCCAAUCAACUCCGCAAUUCCCGUAUUCAAGAUGCUCCUGAACGGCCAUGUGUGUUUAUGGAUGUUGUUGGGAGUCCCGAAUCAUCGGGAGACACAACUGAUGAAACACCAUCACAUACUACACUUCCUACCGUUUUCAAAUGGGAGGGUGGUGGGAAGGAAGUGUACAUAAGUGGCACAUUCAACGGUUGGAAAUCUAAAAUUCCGAUGGUCAAGAGCAAACAGAACUUCUACACAAUUAUUGAUCUUCCUGAGGGAGAGCAUCAAUACAAGUUCAUUGUGGAUGGUCAAUGGAAACUAGGAAAGAAUCAGGUCGCACCAACAACAACAAGUCCAACAGGAGUACAGAACAACAUCAUAACGGUGAAUAUGUCGGACUUUGAUGUGAUCGAGGCGCUUACCAACAUGGAUGCAGUGCCGACGGGUAGUUCACCGCCUGGCGAGUACGGACAGGUGAUUCCGUCCAAUCCCCUUACGGGCCUGGGAGGUCCUGGGUCAGGAGUGGCUUGCGCCCCGCCCCACAUCGGCGCCUCGUCCAAUACUCAACCUACCGCGCUUACAACUCUUGGCGUCGACGCGAAGUCCUCCAAGCCCCCACUGCUUCCGCCCCAACUCCUUCAGGUGAUUUUGAACCGGGAUACCAAUGCCCAGUGUGAUCCGAACCUUCUGCCUCAGCCCAAUCAUGUUAUGCUUAACCACAUGUAUGCUCUUUCCAUAAAGGACGGGGUAAUCGUUUUAUCGGCAAUAUCCAGAUACCGCCAAAAAUUUGUCUCGACAGUUCUCUACAAGCCGAUAUAG